AUGCUUCGUUGACGUUUUAUUACCAUUAAGCUCUAACUUCUCUUUCUGACCUACGAUAUGUUACCCUUGAGGAAACUUCAUUCCGCUGUUGCCAGUGCUAACCGUAUUUGGUCCGUCGCAUGGUCUCACAGUGGUGAUAUUUUGGCAUCCUGUGGAGAGGACAGGACGCUCAAAUUGUGGUUGUGCUCUCCUGAUCAACGUUGGGAUUGUCGAUACACCGUACCCAGUUGUCACAAGCGAUCUGUCCGACGAGUUGCUUGGUCCCCUUGUGAUAAUUAUCUCGCAUCAUCCAGUUUUGAUGGAACCAUUGUCAUUUGGAAACUCUCGAAGCGCCCUGAUUCAGUGGACUUGGAGGCUCUGGUUACAUUAGAAGGUCACACAAGCGAAGUAAAGUGCGUUGCAUGGUCUUCCUCUGGUCGCCUGAUUGCCUCAUGUGGCCGGGACAAGAGUGUCUGGUUCUGGGAAUUCGAUGAAGAAGAGGACGUGCAGUGUGUCAGCGUCUUGCAGCCGCACCGCCAAGAUGUUAAGGCCGUUACUUGGCAUCCGUUUGAAGAGAUUCUAGCCUCUUGCAGCUAUGAUGACACCAUUAAUUUGUACAAGGAAGAGUUGGAUGACUGGGUGGUUGCUGUUCAGCUCACUGGUCAUUCAUCGACUGUGUGGAAUGUGCAAUUUUCGCCCUCGGGCGACAUCCUGGCUAGCUGCAGCGCCGACCAUUCCAUUCGAUUAUGGACGGUUAUCACUGGGGCGGACAAAUUCAAGCGGUCAAACUGGAUGUGCGUUGCUACCUUGACCGGUUAUCACACUGACACCGUUUUUGACUUGGCUUGGUCGCCCGACGGUCAGAUGUUGUCCACUUGCGGUGCGGACAAUCGUGUUUGUGUUUUCCGAUUGCCCGAUGAGGGCCUCGUAACCCAGGCAGGAAAACUGCACUUCUCGGAACCUUUGACACUGUGGGCGCACAAUCCGAAUGCACACACGGAGGAUGUCAAUUGCGUACAGUGGCAACCUGUCGUAACAAAGGCGGGGAGCGGAGAAACGACUCCGAAUGAUUUCUAUCUGUGCACUGCUGGAGAUGAUGGGGUUAUCUCCUUCUGGGUGCUGCCUGCCGCCACAUCUUCCAAUGCAUCUGCCUCGUCUACUGUGGUCUAACUCAUUGUGUCAUAGCACUGCCGGGCAUUUGUCAAUUUAUAGGGACGCACCACAUGAACUAUCUGACGAUCCCUUAUCUUCUUCACAGAGCAGCUUCGAAUUGAUUUUUCCUACACACUUUGUAUCUAUCCUAUUUGUACAUGUCAUCCAAGCUGUAACUGGUUACGAGUUUGUACAUCAAAGACAACUUUCACUUUUGUUUUUGGAUUUGAAAUUUCUAAUGUUUGCAGUUCUUCAUGCAUUUCUAAUCUGCACACGAUUUUUUAAACAUUCGCAUCAGUCAUUUCGAUCACUCGGACCUUUCGGAAAUAAAUUAUUUAUUUAU